AUGUGCGCGCUGUACGUCAACACCAGCCGCGAGCGCGAGGGUGGCGGCUCCGCGCCCGAGGAGGCCAACAUACGGGAGCUGGUGGAGAAGUGCGCCCACAACGAUGACAUCACCCCGCUGGUCCGCCUCAUGUUUGAGGCGCAGGCGGUGCCCGACUCACCGCAAUCCAUUGACGCGGACGGCAAGCAGAUGGUCUCCAUCAUCGGCUCCUGCCUCAAGGCCGUAGCCGCCGAGCAGCAGCGCGUCGUGGGCGAUGUGGCGCGCGGCAACGCGAUCGCGAUCGCCACAACCGUGGGGGAGGUGGAGAAGCUCGGGGACGCGGUGCGGCAAGUGCGGGCCGCGCUGGUCGGCGGCAGCGGUGCAGUGCAGGCGUCGGGCGGCGCGCUCGCCGCGCACGCGGGCCGCCUGGCCACGGCGGCGGAGGUGCGGGAGAACCUCGCGCGCGCCGCGCACGCGCUGGCCGCGGCGCGCGCGGUGCUGCGGCAGUGCCUGGCGGCGGGGCAGCUCGUGUCGCAGCAGCAGCUUUACCAUGCCCUCUGCAGCCUGGACGUCAUCCGUCAGAAGCACCUGGGUGCGAAGGGGCGGGGUGUUCAUUUGAUUUAG